AUUGAAAUAGGGUUUGUUUCUAUUGCCAAAAAAGCAUUUGCUAUCCGAGUUCGUGCUCCCAAUGAGGAGGAAAGCGAAUACCUUGAAUUUCCUGAAUAUGGCCGUCAGUGUUAUUUCCUUCCAAAACAGCCAGGUUGUGGACACGGAUGUUGGUUCUUCGACAUGUAUUUACAGGAAGGAGAUGGAUUUCGCUUAGCGUAUACUCAAAACAUAUACUUGGAUGGCGUAGGAUCACUAGUCUUUACUGUGGGUGAUGAUCUCGAAGCACGUCUUUCAUCACAAGAGUUCCUUCAUUUGCCGUCAGCCUGUCGGUGUUUCCGACGUAAACCGGUGGACUGA